UAAGUUCUAGCAUCCCAUAUAUCCCUGCCAUAACAUGCCAUCAGCGGCAAACCUUCGGAGGAUCUCUUGGGAUGAGUUACCCGUACUGCGCGAUCUGUAUCGGGUAGGAUGGCCGAGGUACGCAUUCACUUUCUACACGCUAGAGUGUUGCUACAGUUGGAGGGAACUGGCACGCAAUGGUGAGGUGGACGUGUAUAUCGACCCUGAAAGGGAUUGGCGAACUACUGGAACAUUCGUCCUUAGGGAUUGCAAAGAACUGUUUUUCUUUACACUAGAAACCACGUUCGAUAGCCUGGAAAGAGUGCUUCGAACGGUUAUGAGCAGUAUGGAUACAUCCGUUAGUCUAGUUUAUGAUUCCUGCUUCCGGGAUUUAGUUGAUCGUACGAUCGCAGCACUUUCCUUUGCGAAGAGCAGUGAUGAGCGAAUGUUGUGUUACAGACAAUUAGCACCGUAUGAAGAUGCCAAACAUCCACACCAUGAACUUCUCGAUGGAUUUCACUUCCGUGGUGUAAAGCCAGAGGAUAGCGUCCUCGUCGAACAGCGGUGGCAACAUAAUGAUCCAGUCUUUACGAAUCUACCCACCCGCUUGAUCAAACGUAAUCCAUCUUUGGGGGUGUACGAUCCUCACGAUCACUUAGUAGCGUGGUGUUUGAUUGAUCAAACCGGAGCGUUGGCCAUUUUUCAGACGAUUCCCGACCAUCGACGUAAAGGUAUAGGCCGUGCGCUGAUCAAAGAGUUUUCGAAGCAACUGCACGAGCGAACCCAACUGCCGCAGGCAUACAUUGUGGAGAGUAAUAUGGCGUCGAGGCGUUUGUUUGAACAGUUAGGAUUUACCGCCGUAGAGCAGUGGUUUUGGACAAAAGUUCACAAACAAAUGGCGUAA